AAGCUUAGUGGCGACAUGCGUGAACUCUACGACCGGUUACUGCCAUCCGAAGAGAGCGAAAAGAGGCGCACGAAGUUGUUGGAGAAGUUGGAUCGAAUAUUGAACGACAAGUGGCCCGGCAAUGACAUUCGUGUCAAUGUCUUUGGAUCCUCAGGGAAUCUGCUAAGCUCUACAGACUCCGACGUGGACAUUUGCAUCACAACCACGCUGGAUGUGUCUAUGCAUGCCCUGUCCGCACUGCUGGCGAGUCAUGGCAUGCAAAAGGUAGUUUGCCGCGCUGCAGCCAAAGUGCCCAUCGUGAAAUGUUGGGAUCCCGAAUUGCAGCUCGCGGCCGAUCUAAAUGUCAACAACACACUCGCCUUGCAGAAUACGCGCAUGAUCAAGGUGUACAUUCAGCUGGAUAAACGAGUUCGGCCCUUGGCGAAGAUCAUCAAGUACUGGACUAAGCGUCGGUUGCUGAAUGACGCUGCAUUUGGAGGCACAAUUAGUUCAUAUACUUGGAUAUGUAUGAUCAUCAGCUUCCUGCAGAGGCGGAAUCCACCGAUCUUGCCAUCGCUGCAGCAGAUGCGCGACUGUCGAAGAAAGACAGAGACCGGCGAGACCUCUCCCUUCGCUGACGAUCUGGAUGCGCUACGAGCCAAGGAGUUUGGUAAAAGCAAUUCAGAGUCGCUAGGCGAGCUCCUCUUCCAAUUUUUUCGACAUUAUGGAUUCGAGUUCGAAUUCGGAAAGUAUGUUGUCUCCGUCAAGGAAGGUCGGCUGCUCUCCCGGAAAGAAAAAGGCUGGGAUCCCAAAACGAAUUGGCAAGACAAGGAAUCACGAAAUCGCCUGUGUGUCGAGGAGCCAUUCACCGCGAAUCGAAAUCUUGGAAAUUCUGCCGACGACUAUGCGUGGCAUGGAAUACAUCUGGAAAUACGGCGUGCUUUUGAUCUGCUUGAAGAUGGAUUGCAGCUGGAAAAGUGCUGCGAACAGUUCGAAUUC